CAAGACUCCUAUGAAUGACACAAAUCAUCAAACACCUCGAAAUCUCGCCGCAAGAAAUUCUAUUCAAUUGGUGUUCGAAUGCUAGACUAAAAUGAGGAUAUUCACAUGGUGUAUUCUCAAGCUUUGAGCAAUACCAAACACAACAUUCAAUAUCAACUUUGAAUGUCAAUCUUUUUGAGAAAGGAACAAGUACAGCUGAUUGUAUAUGAUACAGAAUGCGAGAUGAAGUGGAAACGGCCUUUCGCUGCUGGGAAAGUUUAUACAACACAAGCAAUUGGCCCGUGCACACCAUUUUUGGCCGUAACAUCAGCCUUGUGAUAUUUAAUCAUCAAACUUCUAGAAAACAAUUAUCAAAAACCUUCUCAACGACACACUUUCUUUUGUAAUUUAUCUGGUUACUUUUCUGAUACCCAAUUCAAUUCAUUUUCGUACAUAGAAUUUACGCAGCCUCAAAUCCGAUUCUUCGAUAUCGUCGAACAUUUCCUAUCGGUCUGCAGCAAAAACAACAAUCGCAUACAACCAAAACCCCUCUAUCUCCUUUCUUUCAAAAUGGAUCAAAGAGAACUUACCUCAAGAGUUUCGGCUCUUCAAAAGGCGAUCAAUGACAAAGAGCCGGCAGCAAACGUCAUUACCAUUAUGGAAACUCUGAAGAGAGAUGUAAAUGCCACUGAAGAACUUCUUAGGGCAACCAAGGCAGGAAUGGUAGUAGCCAAACAACGAGGAAACGCGAAUAAAGACAUUGCCAAGCUUGCCACUGAAAUCGUCACCAAGUGGAAAAAAACAGUCGAAGCCGAAAAAGAAAAGCGCAAAGCAAAGCAAAUGGCAUCCGGAUCUUCUCCUGCAGUUCGCAGUAACAGUACUUCCUCUCCUGCGCCCGCGCCUAGCGCCCCAGUCACGAAAGCCUUUAAAGGCGAUUCCUCAAAGCGAAGAUGGGAAACUGAUAAAGUCGAUACUAAGCGUACGGGUCUUCCAACACGCGAUGCUUGUAUUGGAUUAAUGUAUAAUGGUCUUGCUUUCAAAUGCGAAGAGCCUCCUACUCAUGUCAUUAUCAAGGCUAUGGCUGUUGAACAAGCUGCGUUUGAUCAUUUUGGUGGUGAGACGAAGGAAUAUAAAGAGAAGCUUCGUUCCCUCUUUCAAAAUCUCAAACAAGUAUCCAAUACGCAGUUGCGCAAGAGAGUCAUGUCGGGCGAUAUUGAUCCAGCUCGUUUUGUUGUCAUGACGCAUGAGGAAUUGAAAUCAGAGGAGAUGAAGAAGAAGGACGACGCGUUAGAGUUGGAGAACAUGAAGAAGGCUCAGGUGCCAAUGGCGGAGAAGAGUAUUAGUGAUGCUUUGACGUGCGGAAAAUGUGGUCAGAAGAAAGUUAGCUAUUCACAAGCACAGACUCGCAGUGCUGAUGAACCUAUGACGACUUUCUGCGAAUGUCAAGUUUGCGGUCAUCGCUGGAAGUUCUCUUGAACAAUUAAUCUUCGGCGAAAAUUUCUCUUCUCAGUUCGGUUUUAUUAUGGAUGGUUUAGGGGCAAAGGAGUGCAUAGGUGAAAUUUUUGUUUUCAGGGUGGUUUUCAAGCAUGGAGUUUACUCGAAAUACCUCCCGCAGGUCUCCCUAGAUUGCGGCUAAGUUAUGUUCGAUGAAAUUUCACAUAUCGCAUUUGAGUAAAUGAAGAUCGAUGGAUGUCUAGCAUGUGAUACACACAGAGCUUUCGGUAGUCACAUCAAUUAAAUCGAUACUAUAGAAACAUGUUCAUUUUCUAUUUAAUUCAUGCUGUCUUCGUGGCGAGACAGAUUAAGAAGCCAAAAAAUGCAGGACAUUGAGGUGCUCGAUCGCUUACGAAGUGGUAACGGAAAUGUAAAUGCUGCAAGAGCAACAUCUAGACUUGAUCAUGCAUAUCUAUCUAUCUAUCUAGAGAUAAACAAGGAGAGAGGAUUUUAAGUUCCAAUACAGAAGCGUGCGAGCU